GCUCCAGGUUGGCUGCUCCUCACCUACUUUUCCAUGACCCUGGGCUCCGGCCGCUGCCCCGCUCUCCUCUGCAAUGUUUCCUAGCCCUGUGACUACGACACCCUUCUCGGUCAAGGAUAUUUUGAACCUGGAACAGCAUCAGAGCGGCCUGUCCUCCAUGGAGCUCUCCUCGCUGGCCUCCCCCUCCUGCAUGCUGGCCACCUUCAAGCAGGAGACCUACAGCUCUGAGCCGCCGGCUCUGCCCGACCUGCGGGAGGAGGUGCCCGAGCCGCCCCCCGCCAAAACAGCCGCCGCCUUCCCCGGCUCCUACUACGUGAAAAACUACGUGGAGAUGGACUCGGCCAAGGAGGCCAAGGCGGACAAGAAAGAGCUGUGUUCCCUGCACAAGAGCCUGGAGCAGGAAAAAAGAGACCUGGAAGAUCCCGAGCGCCCCAGACAGAGGAAAAGGAGGAAACCUCGCGUCCUCUUUUCUCAAGCCCAAGUCUACGAACUGGAAAGAAGGUUCAAGCAGCAGAAAUACCUCUCGGCCCCCGAGAGAGACCAUCUAGCGAACGUCCUAAAGCUCACCUCCACCCAGGUGAAAAUUUGGUUCCAAAAUCGAAGGUAUAAAUGCAAAAGGCAGAGACAGGAUCAGACCCUGGAAAUGGUAGGGAUCCCUCCCCCUCGGCGGAUAGCGGUGCCGGUGCUGGUGCGCGAUGGGAAGCCCUGCCUGGGGGAAUCUUCUCCCUACAGUUCGCCCUACAAUGUCAGCAUUAACCCCUACAGCUACAACGCCUACCCCGCGUACACCAACUACAACAGCCCUGCCUGCAACGCCAACUACAACUGCAACUACCCCUCCAUGCAGCCCAUGCAGCCCUCGGCGGCGGGCAACAACUUCAUGAACUUCAGCGUAGGGGACUUGAAUUCGGUGCAGACGCCCAUCCCGCAGGGGAACGCGGGGAUCUCCACAUUGCACGGGAUUCGAGCCUGGUAGAGCCGCCCCCGUCCCCGG